GUAAAUAAAUGUUCACUGUAUAAUUCAUUUAAGCAAACUCUAGCAUUUUGCAAAGAAGUGAAUUAGUGGUAAUUUGUGGGAAUAUUUAUCUUCAUUGCAUCAAAAGGGCCUUUCAGGAUGCAUAUUUCUGGCCACAUGAUCUUUCUAGUAACGACUUCUCUGUCUCAGUUUUUGUAUAGGCACGGAAUGGUUGUCCAAAUAAAAAGGGAUAUUCUCUUGCAUACCUUCUUUUUGUGCUCUUUGCUCAGUAUCUUAAUGAUAAGUCAUGGUACUGAGACUGAUAUCUUGUGUUUAAAAUCCAUUAAGAAUUCCUUCGAAGACCCAAAUAAUUACUUAACCUCGAGCUGGAACUUCUACAACAAUACCGAAGGUUACAUAUGUAAAUUCAAUGGUGUUGAAUGUUGGCAUCCUGAUGAGAAUAGAGUACUAAAUCUCAAACUAUCGAACAUGGGAUUGAAGGGCAAGUUUCCGCGGGGAAUUGUGAAUUGCACUACGUUGACAGGAUUAGAUCUUUCAGUCAACGACCUUUCAGGACCCAUUCCAUCUGAUAUAUCAGAAAUACUCAGAUUUGUUACCACCAUUGAUCUCUCUUAUAACAGAUUCACCGGUGAAAUUCCAACAACUUUAGCAAAUUGCACAUACCUGAAUACUAUUAAACUUGACAACAAUAUGCUAACAGGUGAAAUUCCAAAAGAAAUCGGCACUCUUACGAGGAUUAAAACGAUUUCCUUUUCUAACAAUCAAUUGUAUGGGCAAGUGCCAAUGUUCGUCAUGUUCGUAAACGUUAACUAUGCUAACAAUAGAGGACUUUGUGGAGGGUCUUUGAGACCAUGCUCCUUGACACGUGACAAGCAAGACGAUUUCCAUCAAUCGUUCAAAGGUGGUCUUAUUAUUGGUUAUGUUUUUUCUUUCAUUUUUUCUGUUAUGAUCACUUGUAUGUUCUACUCCAAAUGUGCACAUUGGGUGCAUCAAUUGAAAAAGAGAAAAAACAUUCCCCUAAACAAAGCUAAAGAAUUGGGCAAAUAUGUUUGCUCCAUCACAAGCAGGAGGACACGGACGGUAGUUAAUCAGAUGCAUGAACUGUUAAAUUCACAGAUUGUACACAACGAAACAAAAGAGAUCUCUGUACUAUUGGAAAGUCUGAUAUCAACAAUAUGGUUAGAAGAACUGCGUGAUGCAACUGACUGUUUCGCUAUGGACAAUGCCAUCGGUGUAGGAAAGAUGGGAAUGAUGUACCAAGGAUUUCUGCCUAAUGGUCAGUUACUAGCUGUUAAGAGACUAUUUGACUCUUGCUUAUUUAAACGGCAAUUCCUUUUGGAAACAGCGAUUUUGUGUAGGUACAAACACAAAAAUAUAGUUCCCCUGCUUGGGUUUUGCAUUGAAGAAAAGGAAAGGCUUUUGGCAUAUGCAUACAUGUCAAAUGGAAGGCUUUCCAAAUGGUUACAUCCUUUGGAAAGUGAAGUCAUAAGAUUGAAAUGGCAUGAUAGGAUCAACAUUGCACUUGGAAUAGCAAGAGGCUUAGCAUGGCUACAUCAUACAUGUGAUUCAGGCAUAGUGCAUUUUAACAUAUGUUCAGAAUGCAUAUUGCUAGAUGAGAAUUUUGAACCCAAAAUAUCCAAUUUUGGAGAGGCCAAAUUUAUGAAUCCCAACACUGAAGAUCAUCUAGGCACGAUGUUUAAAGUGAAUGAUGGGAAGAAGGAUGUCUAUGACUUUGGAAGUGUGCUUUUUGAAUUGAUGACGGGGAAAACAUAUAAUGAAUUGUCGCGUUCAUAUGAUACUUCUGAUUUAUGUGCCAACCCUUUGAGUUUCUAUAAUGUAAUUGAUAAAUCUGUGACAGGGGAAGGACUUGAAAAUGAAGUUUGUACUCUCCUAAAGAUUGCUUGCGAGUGUGUUAAGCCUUUAUCAAACCAAAGGCCAACAAUGGUUGAAGUUUAUAACAAUAUGAGCAAUGUAAGGAAGGGGAAAAAUGACUUGGUUAAUGAUUCUGACACAUUAAGGGGAUUAGAAUAUGCUUCCUCUAUUACUAUAGACGAAAUUGUUGAGUUUUAAAUAAUUAGAUCAGACUUACGCAUCCAUAGGUUUUGUUAUGUCGGAAAAAUUUAAUGUUACUCUCAUAAUCAUCGUAAUAAAAAGUUGUACAACUCUCAGUUAUAUUUAUAAUAUAUCUUUCCUGCAUAUAAUAACAAAUAGUUAUCAUCAAAAUCAACAACUCGAAACACAAAUUUUGCAGCAUAAUCAACUACUACAAUAUAAAAUCCAAAAGAAAAAAUUGGAGUUAUCAACAUCAUCAAA